AUGCGUCUCACCCCCAUCACCCUCGCCCUAACCACCCUCUCCACAACCUCCGCCUUCAUCUCUGGCAUCACCGUCCCCGCCACCAUCGCCCCCAACAAACCCUACACCAUAACCUUCGACGAAAGGUUCGACUCGUCAAACCUCUGGACCGAUGUCGCCGUAACAUGGGGCUACAACAAUCCCCCUGGCAGCAUCAACAGCGCGCCGGUGAAGCUGAGGACGACGGCGCCGGAUCAUAUUCAGCUGUUUGAUAAGCAGAAGAAGAUUGAGAUUGUGGCGGCGGUGUUUACGGUGGGGUCGUUUGUUGGGAAUGUGGGGUUUACGACGUUUAAUGUUACGGUGGAUGUUGGGGAUAAGGUUAGUGAUAAGUUGGUGUCGAGCACGGGGUUUCUUGUGGCGCCUUAG